AUGCAGUUCACUUCCUUCACGCUUGCCGCUCUCGCCGCUUCGCUAGCUUCUGCUCAAGUCCUCAAUGUCCCUGCCAGAGUCGGUACUGUCCAGCGUGCUUCCAACGCUCGCAUCUCUGUAAGCAGAGAUUUCGGCAUGGCGGAGUAUGACAGCGGCAUCACCUGCGAUGACGAGACGAACGGACCGCCAGUCUUCAUUCUCGACGAUGGCGUGACCAUCUCGAACUUGAUUAUCGGUCCCAACCAGAUCGACGGCAAGAUUCUUCCGACCUCACUUCCAGAAGAAAACGUUUGGUUCAGGAACGUCUGCGAAGAUGCCGUCACAGCUCUUGGACCAGGCGAUGUUCUCAUCGAAGGCGGCGGUGCCACAGGCGCCAACGACAAAGUCAUCCAGCACAACGGCAAGGGCCGCGUAACCAUUCGAAACUAUACCGUCACAAAUUCGGGAAAGCUCUACCGUAGCUGCGGUAACUGCUCCAACAACCGUGCAAACAGUCCUCGUCAAGUCGUGAUUGAAAAUGUUCGCGCCAGCGGUAUGACAUCGGAUCUUGUUGCUAUCAACAACAACUUUGGCGACACGGCUGUUAUUACUGGUACCUGUGGUAGCAAUAACAAAGACGUUUGCAUGAACUACUUGGGCGUUGAGAAGGAGGCGGGGAGAGACGGUCCUCCAAUGAAGAAUAACAAUGGUUGCUCUGGUCAAGGAAGUGUUGACUCCCUUCCUGUCUGCAGAUGA